CCUUCGCCUAAUGGUAAAGUUAGGUUAGAAAAUUUGUUUGAAAUAAAUUUAAAAUAUUAGUAACACUGAAAGAAAAAAAUGCCCAUAGCUCAGAUUAAUUGAAACCACUAAAAUUAUUUAACAAUGGCGAACGGAAUUUCCAGUGAAUUAGAAGACUUGUACGAUUUCUUUAAGGAUUACAUUAACAACGAAGACGGUGAAUGUAACACCCCGAAAGAACAACAAAAUAUCGAAAUGAACAUCGAUCAGAAUCCCACUCAAGAACAAAACGCAUCGAAACCGAUUUGUUCGAACAAUUACAAUACGAACGAUCCCAAAAUUAAGGCCAUCUUACACAUUCAAACGUUAAACUCCAUUAUUACUUGUUUAAUUCUAAAUAAACCUUAAGUCAAAUUGUUAUAGUAUAGUAUGUAAGUUUGUAAAUUAAAUGAAUUGUUGUUUCAAGUUGUCGGGAACCGAAGUUGGCAAGGACAACGAUAAAUCGAAAACGUUCGUUUUCCAAGACGAAGGCCAUACUUUAGGAAACGCUCUCAGAUGCGUCAUAUCCAACUAUCCGGAUGUACAAUUUUGCGGUUACACAGUUCCACAUCCGGCCGAAUCCAAAAUGCACUUUCGAAUCCAAACGUACAACGGCAAAGCCAUCGAGGCGUUGAAAAAAGGUUUGGAAGAUUUAAUGCAAUUAUGCGACAUCACAUUGGAUAAAUUCAAUCACGAAUUAGCCAGCUCGUAAAAACGUUCGUUUAGUUCUAACCGUUCGAAUGCCAAUUUUGUAAGUUUCUAAUAUAAUAAAAUAACAAGUUACAUACCUUAUUAACGAAUGUAGAGUUCGA